AUGAAAGGGUCUCUCUUGGAGAUAAGAGGAACAUCUUCGGCGCCGCCGCCGCCUUCAUAUCGAAAGCAGGCGAAAAACAUUGUUACCGUAACAGUCCAUGCCACGUGGACUGACCGAGAGCUCGGUUGCCAUCUGGCCACCGUGAAGCUUAACUGUCAAGCUGAUGUACCGAUUUAUGCCUAUUUUGACAACUUGUUCGGCCUGAGUCACAAGCCCCACGCUCCACUUCCAUUCGUUCUACCCCCACCUGGUCCAACCAUCACUGAGAGUUGA